AUGGUGACUUCAGACGAAACUGUUCUAGCCACGACGACUAACAAGACGUCCAUAACAACUGAACCGAUGGAGCCAAAGAGUAGCGAUGAAUCUACAGAUUCUGAAACUGACAAGAUCAAGAUACUCAAAGCUGAACAACGAGAAGCUCUCACCGAAGCGACUGGCAGUGUCGAAGUCAACGGAAAUGAAGAAAACGGACAUGUAGAGUGUGCUACCGUAGACGAAGUUGCUCAUGUCGAAGAAGAUAAAGUGGAAGAGGCAACAAACUCAGUUGUCGAUCUGUCAUCAAAUGGAAGUUCAGCAACGACUUCUGUUCCCGUAGAAGAACAGGAGGAGAAAGCAAACGAAGAUGAAACAAAUGACGUUGUCAUGGAAACAUCUGAAAAUGGAGAAAAUGGCAAAGAAGAAAAUGGAACGGCAAUGGAAGUUGCAGAAAAUCCAGCAGUUACUGAAAAUGGUAGCAAGUCUGAUGGAGAAACCGAAACUGACAGAGUGGCGAUCAAAGAUAGUCAGGAAGAUGAUUCUGAACCGGUAAAUGGAAGCGUGAAGCCGGAAGAAAAGGAAGAAAAGAAUGAUACGGAUGCUCCAAUGGAGGAAGAAGAUCAAAACGGGAAAGGAGUGAAGAGACCAGUUGAAUGUAUUCAACUCGAUGACGACGAUGAUGAUAUUCAAGAAGUAUCCCCUCCUGUUCCUGCCAAGAAACAGAAAACAGAAGAAACAAAACAAGAGCCAAAACAAGAAGCAAAAGCAGAGCCAGCAGAUGACAAUGAACAAGCUCAAAUUAGACUUCUCGAUAAACUUCAAGAAUAUGUUGGAGAUCAGCGAGGACAACCAUGCAACAAAACGCGGAAGGUAUUGGAUACUUUACUCGGAGCCAUCAACGCACAGGUUCAGAAAGAACCACUUUCUGUCCGUAAACUUAUACUUGACAAAGUCUUAGUUCUACCGAACACUAUUUCGUUCCCACCUAGUCAAGUGUGUGAUCUUCUCAUUGAACACGAUCCAGAAAUGCCACUUGCCAAGGUUAUCAACAGGAUGUUUGGGGAAGAAAGACCGAAACUAAGCGAUUCGGAGAAGCGAGAACGUCAACAAAUGAAGCAGCACAACCCUGUAUCUCAUAUGACUAAACUAUUGGUGGAUAUUGGUCAAGAUCUUGUCCAAGAAACAACGUACUGUGACAUAGUACACGCCAAAAAUUUGCCAGAAAUUCCGAAGAACAUUGAGACGUACAAGCAAGUUGCUGCUCAAUUGAAACCUGUCUGGGAGACGUUGAAGCGGAAGAAUGAACCAUACAAACUCAAAAUGUCCCGAUGUGGAGUAUGUGGAUUCCAAACUGAAUCUAAAUUGGCUAUGGCUGCUCAUAAAGAGACACUUCAUUUCACUGGAUCAAAGUUCCAGUGCACACUUUGCAAAGAAACGGAUACCAACGAACAAAGAAUGAAAGAGCAUUACUUUGAGGCUCAUCUUAUCAUCGCUAAAUCCGAGGAGAAAGAAUCCAAGUAUCCAUGCGCCAUCUGUGAAGAAGACUUCAACUUCAAAGGAGUGCGUGAGCAACAUUACAAGCAAUGCAAAAAAGACUACAUUCGGAUUCGCAACAUCAUGAUGCCAAAGCAAGAAGAUCAUCUUUACUUGAACCGGUGGCUCUGGGAAAGACCUCCAGUGGAUCCCAGCAUUAUUCAACAACAGCAAGCGGCUGCACUUCAGCAAGCUGAGCAGAAGAAGCGGCACCAACAAGCUCUUCUCAGAGAGCAGCAUGCGCAGGCUCAAGCUGCACAACUCCUCCGUAAACAGCAGUUGCAGCAACAGCAGCAAGCUCAAAGACUUCGGGAACAACAAGCACAGGCACAAUAUCGCCAGAUGGCCCAAUUGAUUCAACAGCAACAACAGCAGCAAAAUCGUAACAAUGCUAAUAAUAUGAGCAACAGUUUGAUUCAAGCAAUGCAAGCUCAGCUCCGUCGAAGUGGAACAGGAACAAGUCCCCAAAAUUUGAAUCUUCUCCAAAAACAAAUGGCGGCUGUUCUCAAAAAUCAAAAUCCUGCCCAAAUUCAAGCUCUCGUGGCUUCAAUGAAUAAGCAAACUCAAUCUCCAAAGACGCCAACUACGCCGAAAGUGGCGAAAGCUGCAGCAACACCAACACUUCCGCUGGCAAUGUCAGCUUCUUCAUCAUCACCAGGAGUCUCAUUCCAAUGCGAGAUAUGUGAUCAAACAGUCCACGAAAAAGAUAAAUAUUUGUCGCAUCUCCAGGUUCUCCACAAGCAGAUGGUCGGCAAGACACUUCAAGAUAUGACGCAGGGUGCUCCAUUAGCAUGCUCUCGUUGUCGAGACCGCUUCUGGACUUACGAAGGACUUGAAAGACAUCUUGUUAUGUCACACGGACUCGUCACUGCUGAUCUACUUUUGAAAGCACAGAAGAAAGAAGACGGCGGACGAUGCAAAACUUGUGGAAAGCAAUACGCAUUCAACAUGCUUCAACAUCUUGUUGCGGACCAUCAAGUCAAACUUUGCUCUGCCGAGAUAAUGUAUUCAUGUGAUGUGUGCGCCUUCAAGUGUUCCAGUUAUCAAACUCUUGAAGCUCAUCUAUCAUCAACUCAUCCGAAAUCUGCUGAUAAAAAAAAAGAAGAGCUUAUCACGUUGGAUGACUAG